CCGGCAUUACUCAUUUGUUGUUGUCUAAUAUACUAUAUAUAUUGUCAAUAGUUUGUGUAUUUGAUAGAUACAAAAGUGAUAAGUGCUGUGCAGUAGAAAGAAAAAGCAAGCCAGCGUGAUAUUUGUUUACAUUUCGUAGUGCGUUAUAUGUCAAAAGGUUUUGCAUACUAACAAGGAGGUUAGCACAACGAGAGAGCGAAUUCAACAGCUGCUAAGAGAGACCUGGCAACCGGCUGCGCUGUGUGGGCUUUUACUCAUUAAGUGGCGACCUUCUGCCUGCUUCUGCUGCUAGCGUAAACUUUGUUUGGUACGUUGCCAGAGCUGCUGCCAACGUUGUCGCAGUUAUGGAUUCACCAACACCGCCAAUUGUCAUCGACGAUUCAAACGGUUCAGCAAUGGACGCCUGCUUCACGGCUUUCGACAAGGAUGGCGAUGACCGCCUGAAUCUAGAUGAGUUUACGCUAAUCUGCCGGGCUCUGUUUCGCAAUGACAAGGGCCACAUCUAUGAUGUGCCACACGAACGCCUCGAGCAAAUAUUCGCCGUCUUUGAUACAAACAGCGAUGGCUUCAUCGACAGGGAGGAGUUUAAAUUCUGCUGGAAUCAAUGGAUAAAAACGAUUGUGCGACCGGUGAACGCGUUUCUCAUUGUUGAUGUACAAAAUGAUUUUAUAAGUGGUUCCUUGGAUAUAAGUAAUUGCAGUGCACAGCAGCAAGGAGACGAGAUACUGGAGCCCAUUAACAAGCUGCUGGACACGGUGGAUUUCGAUGCUGUGUUUUAUUCUCUCGACUGGCAUCCGAGCGAUCAUGUUUCAUUUAUUGACAAUGUGAAAAUGCGACCCAUGGACGAGUCCUCAGCGCUGGAUGCGGAUUCAGCGCAGGUGUUCGAUACUGUCAUCUUUGCGGGACCGCCACCGAUGAAGCAGCGCUUGUGGCCACGCCACUGCGUGCAGGACUCGUGGGGCGCGGAGCUGCACAAGGAUCUCAAGGUGGUGGAUCAUGGCAUCAAGGUGUACAAGGGCACCAAUCCCGAAGUGGACUCGUACUCCGUGUUCUGGGACAACAAGAAGCUGUCGGACACCACGCUGAAUGCGCAGCUGAAGAUGAAGGGCGCUACGGAUAUCUAUGUGUGUGGCCUGGCCUACGAUGUGUGCGUGGGUGCUACAGCUGUCGAUGCGCUCUCCGCUGGCUAUCGCACUAUACUGAUAGACGACUGCUGCCGCGGCACCGAUUUCCAUGACAUUGAGAACACCAAGGAGAAGGUGGUCACCAGCGAUGGCGUCAUAGUGCAUACCAAUGAUGUCAAGGCUAUGGCGGAGGGACGCGAUCGUCGCCCCGAGCUGGGCUACAAGCUGGCCAUGGAGCUAAAGAGUCCCGAUUCGGUGCUGUCGCAACGCAAUGGCUUCAGGCCCAGCUACUAAGCAGCUCAGCACACACACACACUUAGCAGGCUUUAAACAAUUAAUUAUGUAGCAAACUAGUACAGUUAGUUAGCGUCUAGUGCGUUUCAAUUACACACACACACACACACACACAGCCACAAUUAGUAUAAAGUGCCUUAGGGGAGUUAGUUGAGCUGUAGCUUUUGCUAAGUAACAAACAAUUUACAUGAAUUAAUAAGCAUUCGACGAUUUUGUCUUUUGGCAAAGCUUAAGUAUUAACUUGACAGCACAGCAAACAAGCAAAUGUUGUAUACCGCACCGACUGUUUACAUUAAUUGAAACAUAAUUGUAGCGAAUCAAGCCUUCUAUACUUUUGUGUUGAAAAGUACUUAAUAAAAUGCAAAUGCUAACAUAAA